CCGAAGCCAGGUAGCUUGAGAUGUGUUUGGUAGCGAGACACAAAGUUAUGUUAUGAGAGUGUGAGUGGCUAUAUAAGCUGUCGUCGCAUGCUUCGCUCUUAAACACAACAACUCAUCAUCCUAUAUUCUCUUCUUGGAUCAUCUUGGUUAAGCUGCAGAUCAGAAUAGAAUAAUAAUAAAUAAAGAUAAGAUGGAGACUCAUUUGGUUUUCUUGCUUGGUUUGAUCUUCACUCUAGUUGCCGGCGUUGGAGCCCAAGCCCAAGGCCCAUCCACCUCUCCUGCGCCUCCCACACCCCAAGCAUCUCCACCUCCCGUCCAGUCUUCUCCGCCACCUGUUCCCUCUUCACCUCCACCCUCUCAGUCUCCACCACCAGCUUCCACUCCCCCUCCAUCCCCACUCAGCUCUCCUCCUCCUUCCUCUCCUCCACCCUCCUCCCCUCCUCCUUCCUCUCCACCCCCCGCCUCUCCUCCUCCUUCUUCUCCACCCCCCGCCUCUCCUCCUCCUUCUUCUCCUCCCCCUUCCACUCCUCCCCCUUCCUCUCCCCCUCCUUUUUCACCACCUCCUGCCACUCCUCCCCCCGCCACUCCUCCCCCCGCAGUUCCACCACCCUCAUUGACCCCAACAGUUACACCUCUUUCUUCUCCACCUGUCUCUUCUCCAGCUCCGUCUCCUUCCAAGGUGUUUGCUCCUGCACUCUCUCCUUCCCUUGCUCCCGGUCCCAGCCUCUCCACCAUCUCUCCCUCCGGCGAUGACAGUGGGGCUCAAAACUUGUGGUCCUUUCAGAAGAUGAUUGGGAGCUUAGUAUUCGGAUGUGCUUUGCUGUCCAUGUUGUUCUAGACAUCGAUCUCUGUCUUCAGACUCGCAGAUUUUUCUGCCAAUUCAUGUUAUUUUGCUAUUUACCCUAUACCUUACCUUUAUAUAUUAUUUUGUGGAUGUGAUCGUGGGAGUUUAUUACUGUAUUUGAACUAUAUAAAUUGCUUGCAUUCUUGGGAGAUUUGAGGGGAGGUUUUGUAUUCGAGGGCAGUUAUUUUGUAUGGCAAUACUAUUAGUUUAUCGAUCGUUGCAUUCGAGUAUUUCUUCUAUUCA